AUCGCCUUGAAAGAUCCUUAAUAAAAUUUAUCAAUUUCUAUGUUUUAAUUUUGAUUUUAACUUUGUUUUAAUUUUUUUUUUCAUCUCCAUUUGUUUAUAAAUAGGGAAGGUCUGAAGCUUGAGAAUUAGGACAUGGCCGAGGCCGUUAAAAGAAGCUCCUUUACUUUCGCUGUCCCUCCUCCACUCCGCAUAAAACAAAUGGCGUAGAAGCAAUUGCUGGUGAGCUUUGCGUGCUGGAUUCCUUGACGGAUUCUCCGUUUCCUUGUCCACUUUUGGCUAUUUCUAGGUUUUGGUGGGAGUAACGGAGGAGGGGAGUGCCUCUGCUUCUGCGCCUGCGCGGGGUGUUGAUGAGGAGAAGGAACCGUGGAAGAGCAGCAGGCGAAACUGGGAAAGGCGGAGGACUUGCUGGGGAUCUUCGACUGUAUCAAUGACGUCGCCGCAGCGAUCGCGGCGUCGGCAGCGAGGAUGAGCGAGCGCGCGUACCGGGUGGAGACCACGCCGCGGCUCGCUCAAUGGAGGAUCGAUACCCUCUCCCCUUUCUCCUUUCGCAAGUCCGACCCCUUCAAGAUCGGUCUCUGGAACUGGUACCUUGCAGUUGAGAAGAACAGGCAACUCCUUGUGAAGCUAUAUCCUGAGGGUUCAAACUUGACAAAGGAGAAGCCACCGAUUGCUUCCUUGAUUAUCAAGAUUGUUUCUCUGUCUGCACCAAACCGCAACACCCUCAUUCAUCCAGGAAUUUCUGACAAGCUGCUAAAGAACAGUGGCGACUGUGUCUGGGCCAUUGACACCUUGUUCACUGGACGAUUCAUCAUCGACGUCGAGUUCCUUGAUCUAAAGAUUGUACCUCCAUCAGGUGGUGAACCUGCCUCGAUUUGGACCAGCUAUCAGGCAACAAAGCAAACUGAAGCUGCAGUCCUCAACUCACUCGGAAGGAUGCUGAGUGAGAGCAUCCACACUGACAUCACAAUCAAUGUCACUGAUGGUAGCAUUGGUGCGCACAGGGCCGUCCUCGCUACAAGAUCUCCCGUUUUCGACAGCAUGUUCUCCCACAACCUCAGGGAGAAAGAACAUUCCACCAUCAACAUCUCGGACAUGUCCUUUGAUGCUUGCCAAGCCUUCCUCAACUUCAUUUAUGGCAACUUCCAGCUCGAAGAGUUCAUGGUACACCGCAUUGCCCUCCUCCGAGCAGCUGACAAGUAUGAUAUCUCCGACCUAAAGGAGGCAUGCCACGAAAGCCUAGUAGAAGACAUUGAUACUAGGAAUGUUCUCGAGAGGCUCCAGAUUGCCCAUCUCCACCACUUGUCCAAGCUAAAGAGUUCCUGCUUCCGAUACCUAGUGAACUUUGGAAAGAUAUACGAGAUUCACGAAGAAUUUAACAACUUUAUGCAGAGCGCCGAUAGAGAACACAUAGCUGAAGUAUUUCAUGAGGUUCUUGCUGCUUGGAGAGGUAUAUAAAUGGCUGAAACAUUCAAAUGACUGAAACCAAAUGGCUGCUAAAUGGCGUGAGUAAUUCUUUGUCUACUUGGGUCUAAUUGUUAUUGUACACAAAGGGAUGCUGAAACUGAAAUUGAAACUACUGUACAAAAAUAUAUUAUGGUGAGUAGGUAAAAUCUUUAGUGAAUAAAGAUGUAUAUUUCGAUUGGAACAAGUAGAUUUGUGUCAUGGACACAAAAGAUUAUGUUCCAAUGUAUUGUUAUAUGUCAUUUGGUUAUUAUGAAAUAUGAAUUCAGAGCCUGAUAAAUUUCUGUGAAA